CUCAGCUGAUUCAGUCAGUCAGGUAGACGCACACAUGGUACUUGUUCAAACUUGACAAAAGUAUCACGCACUCAUCUUUUGUUCCAUACGCUGUUUUAAAAGCUAAAAUUACAGAAAAGAACACAACUCCUUUAUACUAAGCGUAGUAUGGCCACGCGAGUUCGACCGAGUAACAAACGAUGUGCGGUCAUCGGAGGCUCAGGUUUUCUGGGCAGACAUUUGGUGGAGAAGCUGGUAGAACGUGGCUACACCGUCUCAGUGUUCGACAUUCACCAGAGUUAUGAGCUGCCUGGAGUCGCCUUCCACCAGGGCGACCUCUGUGACAGGCAGGCUCUGCUGCUAGCGCUUAAAGGUGUGUCUUUGGUGUUCCACUGUGCUUCUCCUUCACCUGCUAGUGAUGACAGGGGACUGUUUGAGAAGGUCAACAUUCAGGGUACGAGUACUGUUAUUCAAGCCUGCAUUGAAAUUGGAGUACAGAAAUUGGUGCUGACAAGUAGUGCCAGUGUGGUUUUUGAGGGGUCCGAUAUAAAGAAUGGGAGGGAAGAUUUACCCUAUGCCAAGAAGCCCAUUGACUACUACACAAAGACCAAAAUUGAGCAAGAAAAGUUGGUCUUGGAGGCUUGUGACACGAAGAAGGGUUUCCUGACUGUUGCCAUCCGUCCUCAUGGCAUCUUCGGACCUCGGGACCCGCAGCUGGUCCCCAUUCUGGUGGAUACAGCUCGCAGGGGCAAGAUGAAGUUCAUCAUUGGGGAUGGCACCAACCUGGUGGAUUUCACUUUUGUGGAAAACGUCGUACAUGGACACAUCUUGGCUGCUGAACAUCUGAGACCCGACUCUCCCAUAUGUGGAAAGCCAUAUCAUAUCACCAACGAUGAACCGAUUCGGUUUUGGGGCUUCAUGUCUGAGGUGUUGGUCGGUCUGGGUUACGCUGCUCCACGUUACCACCUGCCUUACACGCUUGUGUAUGGCCUCGCCAUCCUGCUUUGGCUGCUGUCUUUAAUACUGCGCCCCCUGAUUUCAUUCAAACCAACCUUUACACCGAUGAGAGUGGCUCUGGCCGGAACCCACCACUACUACAGCUGUGAGCGAGCCAAAAAGGACAUGGGCUUUAAGCCACUGGUCAGCCUAAAGGAGGGCAUUAAACGCACGGUGCAAAGCUAUCCUCAUCUCAGAAAGAAUGCUUGAAAGGACAGUUGGUAAUAGUAGGGGAACACGUAGUGAAUGGACUCUUCCAAAUGGACACAUUUUCAAACCAUGCAGCAUUACAGGUGAGAGGAUUGUCUUUUCAGCGGUCAGCGGAUUUUCAUCACUAGGUGGCAGUAGCUGUUCAUUCCAGUAAACAGGCUCUCCAUCCUCUCACAAUCCGAUGAGGUCGAGUACAAAAUUUGUCUAAAAUGCUGACACGAGAAAGAUAAUUAUGAUGAUUCAUACUGUCAGGGUGGAAUUAUUUAAAAGAUGAAUGUUGAGUCACUAGUGUAGUGGUUAUCUGUUCAGUUCCAAAACAGCAACAGUGAAGAGUCAGCUGACCCUUUCUGUAAUACACGUCAGCUCCAUUCCUCUGAGACAGUAUAGUAAAGGAAAGUAUGUAUUAUAAAUAUUUUGAGUUAGAGAUG